UUUGCAAGGAACGGAAACCUCCCCAGAGCUUCCUCUGCUCCAGACGCUUCCUGGGGACCCGCAGGUGUCGCUGCCCACUCCAGGCCUCAGCUGGCCCAGGAGGCCCCUGAACCACCCAUCUCUCUCUAGGGAGGACAACAUUUCCUGCUUCCUGCUCCAGCCAGAGCUGGGGGAACACUGAGCUGCAGGGAACGUGACCUGCAUGCCGAGCGCAGAUUCUGCGCCAUGGACUGCGGCCAGCCCAGCUUGGAGUCCGCAGCCGCGGACCCCAGAGCCUCAGGCCCUUGCGUGAUUGCUCCGGUGCGCGCUGUGCUCCGCCUGCGCCGCCGCGUGUGGCUACUGCGCAAGCGGCGUCUCCUGCAGCUGGGCUCUGGGUCCGACACUGGGACCGGGGCACUCAGGCCUGGCUGCGGCUCUGGGGCCCUGCGCGGGGAGCUGGACCAGCCGAAAUUCUUCACCUUCGACGGCCCAGCGGAGCUGUCCUCCAGGACGCUGCGCAAGAGGCGCCGGCGCAGCCGCGUGGUGCUCUACCCUGAGGCUUCGCGCAAAUACCGACCUCGCGCAGAGCGCCGGAGCCGCGCACAACGAUGCCUGCUACUGCUCGCAGCCAUCGUGGGUUUCCAGGUGCUCAAUGCCAUUGAGAACCUGGACGAUAACGCUCAGCGCUACGACCUCGAUGGGCUGGAGAAGGUGCUACAGCGAGCUGUGUUUGGCCAGCCGGCCGCCGUGGGCCGCAUUGUGGCGCUGUUGCGGGACUAUCUGGCCACGCAUGUGCAUAGCCGCCCGCUCCUCCUGGCACUGCAUGGGCCCAGUGGCGUAGGCAAGAGUCACGUAGGCCGCCUCCUGGCACACCACUUCCGCGCGGUGCUCGAGGACAGCGCGCUCGUGCUGCAGUAUCACUCACGGCACCACUGCCCACAGCCGCGCGCUGCGCAGGAUUGCCGGAAGGAUCUGGCGCGGCGUGUGGCUGAAGUGGUGGCACAGGCCGAGGCGGAAGAGAAGACCCCUCUCUUGGUAGUGGACGAGGUGGAGCUCCUACCGCCAGCGCUGCUGGAUGAGCUAGACGGCUUCAUGCAGCCGCAGCGUUCGCACCACUUUCACAAUGCCAUCUACGUGCUCCUUAGUGGCACAGGUGGCGCGGAGAUCACCCGAUUUGUAUUGCAGAACGCCUCCCGCGCGCAGCCCCUGCGUCCUGACAGAGUCCGUGGUGCUCAAGCCGCUGCAGAGGAGUCCGAGGAGGAACUGCAUGCCAGUCUUCGGGAGCUCCUGGCCCGCGAGCACCCACUGUGGCAGGCUGCGGCCAUCGUGCCCUUCCUGCUGCUGGACAAGCAGGACGUGGUCAACUGCUUCCGGGAUGAGAUGGCCGGGGAGGGAUUUUUUCCUGAGCAGGCUCGGGCAGAGCUCCUGGCCUCACAGCUCAGCUACUACCGUGUUGCUGGCCGUGAGUUUGCUAUCACUGGCUGCAAGCAGGUGGUAGCCAAGGUGAACCUCUUGUAGCACAGGCGCACACACUGUGUUGGUGCAGCAGGAGGAGUGUGGGUGUGUGUGACCUGUGGUCACGAAGCUGCUUCACCCUGGAAGCUGGGGAGGCUGGCAGAGGUGUCUCAGCUCCGUGUUCCCAACUUCCAGUUCCACCCCAGAGCCCUGAGUUUGUCCCUGGGGUCAUCAGGAGAGUAGCCACCUUCCUCCACACCUGCUGUGCCCCAGCACAUCCCAGGCCUGUAUGAUGGGGUUUUGUUAGCCGCCCUAGGAGGUGGGCAGUCUGCUCUCAGGGUACAAAUGACCUCAGAGGGCAAGCAGCCCCUAGGGCCACACAGCUAAUCCCUAAGGUCACAGAGUUGGGAUGUGAACCCAGCUCAAUGGGUGCUUGCUGCAGCUUCCACAACCCCCAAAUACACCCAGUGGCCCCCUGCACACCUCUUGGGCUUAGGGGCCCAAGGGCCAUGAAAGCAUUGGAGCAGUUGGGUGUCUCCACACCAAUGAGUGAUCCCAGAUGCUCUGGAUGAUUCAGGCUGAAAGUGGUAGUAGGUGGGCCUAAUUGGGGGGCCCAGAACUCUUUGGCUUCUACUGUCCUGGCCACUGAGCCCUGGCCACUGAUCCACUCCAGGGCCCUGAACUGGGAAAGACGGCUAUACAGAGAUGCCUUGGAUGCAGCUAGAUGUGCAGAACCAUGGCCCUGGAUUCUUUUCCCAGGUGGAGUGGAGGGGGUCCCUUACAUCCUGGCCCCUUCCUGGCCUGCAGGCUCUGGAGAUGACACCCCGUGGACUCCACAGCCAGCACUUACAGCAGUGAGUGAAGGAAGUCCUGCUGUUUACACCCGCCUCCCCUCCAGGAGCCAUAUUUCCAGGAACAACAGGCUUGCGGGCUUGGCUAUCUAGGGAGCAGUGGAGGGAAGGCGCCUCAGCAGAUCCUGCCCCCUGCUGGCUGAGUCUCCCGUGCGGACCCUCCCUGCGCCUUGCUGUGGAGGUGGCUUGUCCUUGGUAGUAGAGGCGUCUGGACACCACGGUUGUGCACCUGUCUUCCCCUCCUGUCCACCAGACCGCUCAAGACCGGAAUGCUCCGCCUCCCGGACUCCUCCCUCGGUGGGCGUUCGCAACGCCCGACUCAGUUCUGGAGCGGCCUCAGUGCUGCCGCCUGGUGUCCGCGCCCAGCUCCGCCCUGGAGUCUGCGCACCGCACUCGCCACCAACCUUGUCCCAGAGCGCGCCGCGUAGCAGGGAAACUGGAGCAAGGACUAGCGGGUGGCAGGAGGGGAGGGUCCAGCAAAGUGGCAGGGCCGCCCUCGUGAAGCACGGCCAUGCACGCGCGCACCCUGGUCUUAACUCAGUUCGACCACGUCUCCAGGGACACCUUCUCCGAACCGUGACCACGGAGUCUAAGGUGUCCUUAGAAGGGUUCGCUGCUUAAGUGGUCACCCGAGCAUGCUGGGUUACUGUCCCCCUUCCAACUCGCCCUGGCGGCGGUCUGCGGGCUUGGGCACUUGGAUCUGGGUAGAUUCGAGCCUCUCAUAACACUGAGCGAGCGCGCAGGUUCAGGGCUUGGCCGGGGGAUCUGGGUUGCACUGGGUGGUAGAACGUCUGCUCCUGAUGCUUGUGGGGUGGGGUGGCCCGCUGUGGGAGCCCAGGACUGGCUCCAUCUAUCCUAGCCCAACUUGCGGGAGACAGCCUGCAGCAGGACGUCCACUGGGCAGUCCAGUGACCUGCGUUGAUGCUUCAGGGGUGUGUGCGAGCUGCUGAGCUGGAGGCCAUGUCCAGCCUGGGCAGGAGUGCUGUUGGGGUCCUCACCACUCCCCAGGAGGGCCCCCAGGACCAACACCACCACCCACCACCCCUGCCCACACACAGAGCACUCAGCCACAGGUGUGGCUUGCCAAACAUGGCCUGUUCCCAAUCAGCAGCACCUGACCAUCCAAGAAAUCUUAUUUUAUUUAUUUAUAAAACAUUACAUGGAGGCUAAUUUCUGUGCUUAAGAGGAAUGUGCAGAAAAUGUCGGGGGCUGGUUAUGUCACUCCUGUUAAUAAAUCGUGUGGCUCAAAUCUAACAACCUACUUUUUUUCCCUUUUUUUGGUCAAUUUCUCUCUCAGCCUGUAUUUAUUGGGCCAUACUAAUUAGAUUUUUUACUUUCUAAUAUUUGAGAAAUGUCAGAAGAGGGACUUGGUACAGGCUGGCAGGCUGAUGGAGGGCGGGCGGGUGGAGUCCAGCUCAACACCAAGGCUUUCCAGGAGACCCAUGAACAGCUGGAAGGUCCCCUGGACAGGUGCUGAGGGCAGGCUCCCAGGCUCUGCCUAUUGGAAGCUACCUACUUUUCAGACUGUCCCAAAUGGGACAGGCAAUUUCCUCUGCAUGUGUGUGGUCCAUGUACACUGCCCUGAGGCACCCUUGGACCCCAGGUGUCACCAUGUAGUGGCUCUUUGGUCUCUAACAGUGGAUUUUUCUUAAAAUGCAUCUUGUCUGCCAGGCGAGGGAGUGCACAUCUGGAAUUCCAGUGGCUUAGGAGGCUGAGACAGGAGGAUCUCCAGUUCAAAGCCAGCCUCAGCAACUGUGAGGUGCUAAACAACUCAGUGAGACCUUGUCUCUAAAUAAAAUAGAAAAUAGGGCUCAGUGGUCGAGUGCCCCUAAGUUCAAUCCCUGGUACAAAAAACAAAACAAAACAAACAAACAACAACAAAAACAUUUUGUCUGAUGGUGACAGCUGUUCCAGCCUUCUUUGCAAUUGGUGUUUGGGAUAUAUUUUCCUUGCUUGUAAACAGGAAGCAGAUGGAUUUUCAACAGAUCCAAUUUGAGAGUGCUGGUCUUUGAGCUGCUGAGUUUAGCCCAUGACAUUUACUGUGGUUGUGGAUACUGGUGAACUUUGCAAUUUUAUUUUGUGCCUCUUGAUGGUCCUACUUUUUUUAUGCUGCUUUUUUUUUGGUGGUGCUGGGGAUUGAACUCAGGGCCUUGUGCAUGCAAGGCAAGCACCCUGCCAACUGAGCUAUAUCCCCAGCCCUUGCUUUUUCUUAUUUCCCUCCCUCUCUCUCCCUUCUUUCUUCUGCCCCCACAUUUCCAGUGUUCCCCUUUUCUCUCUAAUGGGUUUAGAAGUUCCCAUAUGUAUCUGAGUUAGCCCUGCCCCUCGAAUGGGCAUUCCAAGGCCGAGCAACAGGGCAUGGUGGAGCACGCCUGUAAUCCCAGCAGCUCAGGUGGCUGAGACAGGAGGAUUGAGAGUUCACAGUCAGCCUCAGCAAAAACAAGGCGCUUACAACUUGGUGAGAUUCUGUCUCUAUAGCUAGCUAGCUAGUCAUUUAUUUUAUUUAUUUAUUUAUUUAUGCUGGGGAUUGAACCCAGGGCCUUGUGCAUGCAAGGCAAAAACUCUACCAAUUGAGCUAUGUCCCCAGGGAGACCCUGUCUCUAACUAGAAUACAAAAUAGGGCUGGGAAUGCGGCUCAGCUCAGUGAGCUCAGUGAGUGAAUGCCCCUGAGUUCAAUCCCUGGUACCAACAACAACAAUAAUAAUACAAGACUGAGCAGCAUCCACCCUUGCUCAGGUUAAGUGCUGUUUGCAAGCAUUUCAGUGCUGCCCUCCCGUGUAAGCCCACAUACCAGACCCCCAGACUCGGUUGACUCGUUUGUUCUUGGGUCUGGGAUUGAACCCAGGGGCGCUCUAUCACUGAGCUACAUCCCCAGCCCUUUUUAUUUUUAUUUUGAGACAGGGUCUCAUUAAGUUGUCCAGGCUUGCCUUGAACCUGCGACCCUCCUGCCUCACCCUCCCAAGUUGCUGGGGUCACAGGUGUGGCCACCACGCAGGCUAUUUUAUUCUUGUGACUUGAUUUUUGUCCGAUUCUUUGAAAAACUUUACAGGAUGUGAUUGAAAUUUACUGACUCUACUGAUCAGUUUGGGGAGGUUGAUAAGAUGACAACAUUACACGUUAAGACUUUAUUUACCAUCUUUUUAAAAAUAUUUUUUAAGAUAUUGAUGGAUCUUUAUUUUAUUCAUUCACCCUGGCCAGCAGAAAUAUAGUUUUAUUUCAUUUAUUGCUAAGAAUGGAACCUGUGCCUCACACAUGGUAGGCAAGUGCUCCACCACUGAGCCACAAACCCAGCCCCCCACCCCUUUUUUUUUACCCUCUUUCAGCCAAGUUUUGUAAUUUUGUACAGAAAGUUCUUGUUCGUUUUGGGUAGAUUUAUUCCUAGAAUUGUUAUAACCUUGGAUUGGUGUUAUAAAAGGUACUUGUCAAGUACAACAUGUGAUUGUAAUUCAGAGUUUUCUCACGGAGCACCUGGCUCGCUUCCCCAGCAGGUCUGUCAGGGCCACAGCGCCCGCGGGGCUCCCCCUGUGGGCCCAGGCCAGCCUGCCUUCCAGAGGAACUGCCCCCGGUUGUCCUCAUGCUUUGAUGACUGAAGUUCACAACCCUAACUGCUCUCGUUUGUUUUUCAGGUUUUACUUUGUUGCUUGCUUAUUAAAGAACAUUCAAUAAGCAGCUUUAUUGAGUUACCCUUUGCACACAGCAUACCAUUCACUCACUCUAAGUGGACAAUUGGGUGAUUCUUUGGUGGACUACAGAGUCGUGCAACAUGACCACAAUUCAGCCUUAGACUGUCUGUAUCACCUAGAGGAUCUGGACUCCGUGUGUCCCUGUUCCCACCCUGCCUGAGAUAAGCAUGCACCCUUUCUGCCACUACAGGUUUGCUUUU